UUCUGCAUCUUUGCCACGUCAUACAGAAGGGCUUGUGUCAAGCGGAAACGUCUGCUGAAGACACCCACAAUGAUGUAGUUCAGCCUCAUUCAAAACUAUCGUAGAGUAGCCCGGCUGUCAUUGCAGUUACCCGACUCUGGACCGUCUUUAGCUGUGUGGGUUUUUAUUUGCGAUUGUGGAAUGCUGCUGGAUGAGACUCCACUUUUUGAGCCCUGUCUGCUUCAGGAGCUAGACUGGAGCGGCAACACUGCCUCAUUCUCUCCACCGAUCUCACCAUCCAGUCCAGGGGAAGGCUUGGUGCUGAGGCCGCUCCAAAUGGCAGAUUUCAACAGAGGAUUUUUCAAGGUUUUAUCUCAGCUCACCAAGACAGGAGAUGUCACACCAGAGCAGUUUGCCAAGAAUUUUGAGCACAUGAAGAAGACUGGGGAUUACUAUGUCAUCGUGGUGGAGGACACAAAUCUGAAUCAGAUCGUUGCCACGGCAACACUGAUUACUGAACACAAAUUCAUCCACGCCUGUGCUAAAAGAGGCCGGGUGGAGGAGGUGGUCGUCAGCGAUGUGUGCCGAGGGAAGCAGCUAGGCAAACUGUUAGUCUCAACUCUCACUCUUCUGAGCAAAAAACUGAAUUGCUAUAAAAUCACUCUUGAAUGUGCACCCAAGAAUGUGGCCUUUUACCAAAAAUUUGGCUACUCUGCUUCAGACGAGACCUACAUGCAGUGUCGAUUCUUUGACUGAUGACAGAAGCUUAAAAGAACAAACUGUUUUUGGAGUACUGACUGUAUCUUCUCACGCCCCGUGAUAUCAGAACUUGCAAUGAAUGUCUUAAGAAUUCGGUGAGCUUCCCGUGGAUGAGCUUGCAGUUGUGGCACAGCUGAAUCAUCCCUGAACACUCAUCCUGAUUUCGGCACUCUUGAAUAAACAUUUCUGUAUUUUGAAGCUCAGUGUAACACAAUCCUCUGCCCUUUUGGUAACCGUGGCUACCUCACUAGGGUGGACCUGUCAUCUAAUCAUCCAGAAAAGAAAAAAAAAAUGGUUGUACUUUGUUAAACUGGUAAAAGGUUUUUGUGUUGUUUACUGACAGACAUGCAGCUUUAAGUAAUCACAGCUAUGUGAGAGAGGAGGAUGAUACCAAAUGAAGUUAUAUUACUAUGUAAUUAAAAUAAUCUGCAAGCAACAGGCAACUCUGGAAGGUCACUUCAAAACCAAAUAUGUUUUCAGAAUUUUUUGGAGAUUGUGAUUCAGUUGUAUCUGACAGGAAAAAAAUGAUUAUUUUUUAAAUUUUACUUACAGAUGCUUAGAACAAAAUAUUUGAGUUUAACUUUUUUUUUUUUAACCUGCUUGGUACAAUGUGCUUCAUAUCAUACAGUUGUGUAGCUGGAUAACAAAGUUUUAAUUACUACAAAAUAUGAAGAUAAAGACUGUUAUGAAGUUUCACUUUAAGUGAGGAAAAGCAUAUUUUGUGAGGUACUGGUAAAAUGUAAGGUUACGUUUUGACUUCAGUUGCCAACUGGAAUUAGUAUUUAAAGGUUUUGUAAUGGGAAAUGGAUAAAAACGAUUUUUCUAAAUUAACUCUUAUUUAAGCUUUUGUAGUUCCGUUUUAUAAUUAUACUUUUAUUCUGGGGAAAAGGGUGGUGUAUUUAAUGUAA